UAUCUCAGUCUUCUCAAUUUGAACAGCAAAAAAAGAUUUUUCGCAUUUUUCGUAAAAAUCCGCCUUCCAUGAUACCUUAAACAAAAUCGAAAAUCUGCUUUAAACUAAUUAUUUUUAGUUUAAAUGCCUCGUUGCUUUCAGUUUCUACUUUUAAAUUUAAACUAUUUUCUCGGACUUUCGCUGUAAAGCGUGAUGUCAUAUUCCACCCUCGUUUGCGCGAUACCACGUGAGACGCGCGGUACCUCAGCAUCGAGUCACGCGGGUUUACUCGCGAUUCGCUUUCGUGGAGGCCAUUUUACUCGCACUCGCUUGUGAACUUUAAAUACUUUAACGCGGCGGAAGGAUUUCUUUACGCCAAUUCAAAGCCAGAAAUAAUUGACCGGACAACUUAAACAAGAGACGGAGACGAGAGUAUGGCCAUGGAACCGAAUGAAUCGAUGAAUCAUGAUCGCUUCUCCGCCAUCUUGGAAAACCAACGCGCCAUAAUGGUGAAUCAAGCGACCAUCCUCCACAACCAAAACAAGAUCAUGCGAGGCAUGGAGCAAUUAUUUACAUUCUUCCCGGCGCUUCAAGGCACUCUUCCGAUACAGAACACCCCACCUACUACUGUGGCGGUCAUUCCUCCCCCUUCGGUUCAUGGCAGCAGCGAACACUCGCGAGGAGAUCAGCCACCACCAGCCGCCACCACACAAGUUCCAGCCGGGCAGCCACCUUCCGUUUCACCUUCCCCGCGCGUGGAAAACACAACUCCCAUCAAUACGCCGACACGGCCUCAAGCGCCGUUGAAUUCCACCACGCCGUCGAUGGUGGCCAACCUGAAGCCACUUCCUUCGAGCGGAGCGUCUUCGCCCGGCUCAGACAACGAGAAUGAUGUUGCACCGCCGGCCGCUCGAGGUAUCCAGUACAUCUCUCAAGAGGAGCUCACCCAGAUUAAAUGCAAGAGCUGCUCUAUUGGCAACUUCGCAGUGCAGCUUCUGAGGCACAUUUUCACGCAAGCUGAACUGGACAACAAAAAUUGCACGGGGACGCGAGGCAAGGAAGCUGUUGAUCCCGACCGACUUCGCUUCGUAAAGGAGACCGUCUUUGAUGUGUACGCGAUCGCGUCCGAUGACAAGAUCACCACUUGGAAGCACUGUAUCAGAGCAAUAGAUGAAUAUCUGAGGCGACCAAAGCGAAUGGCCAAGGGCUCCCUUAACAAGAGUACCAUGUUUUAGACCAAACGCAGUGCUGGUGUUUUGAACGUAAGCUUAUGAUCACUGAUCUAGUGCAACAAACAGAAAAUUGGAGGGGUAUAAAUUUUAAGGUACGGGUAUGGACAGGCAUGAAAUUGAUUAAACGAUGACAGCAUUUUAAAAGUGCAAUUAAUAUCAUUUGUUCCCCGUUUUUGAUCACAGAACAACUAAUCUUUUAAUAUAUUUUGUAUUGGAUAUCACACGAUUCAAUGUCAAGGUAAUUUCACUUUCCUGUUAGUUUCAACUAAUUUAUUUUACAUAAAUUCAGUAGCAUCUCUGAAACCUUUUUUUAACAAUCUUAAUGAGGCAGGUUAUGAGAAUUGAUGAUACAAUCAACCCAGGAAAUUUACAUUGAUAGCUGAAUUCUCUUAAGAGAAUAAACCUUGCGUUAACAAACCUUUAGGGGCUAUAAUUUUGACAGGCUGUAGAUAAUAAAAUAUUUGCUCCUAAUAUUAGGGGUGGUGAAUGGAUCCAAAUGGCAUAAUCUUGGAAAAUUCUUGACCAAUCUUAAAAUCUCAGACGCCAUUAUGAUGAGUCACCAAGUUUUGUAUCGCUGUGUUGCAUUUAUCUCCAAGUCUAAACUGUUCAAGACUCUCAGUCGCAAAUCAUCAAACAAGAUCGCCAUGACUCUCGAAUUUUCCCACUCAUCACCCCUUAAAUUACUACAGUAUUUUGUUUUGUACAUAGCAUUACAUUUUGGAGUCAUUUCUUUAAUAAUAUAUUGCAAUUGAUGAUUUUUUUAACAAUCUGCUGAAAUAUUAAUUUCGUUAGCGCAACUGUACAUUGAUGUCUUUUAUUUACAACUUACCAUUUUGUUUGAUUGUGAUUGAACACAUCCUUGAGAAAGUAGCCCUUUAAAAUCAUGUAAAUCUGAAUUCCCACUAAGAAACAUUCAUAAUGAAUGCUUGAUGUGGAAUAAUGUCGCUUUUCUUUGGAUUUCUUUGGCCAAGAUGAAUUUGUUCAUUUAAAAUUACGGAGGUUAGCCAUAUUUCAAGGAAAUUUGAUGCAAACAUGUCCAGGAAGUGACUUGACAAUAGAGAGGGCCCUCAGUAAUCUUAAGGGUGCCAGGAAUAUUUUAGUAAUUUUUAUUUGAGCAAUAGCUGUUACAUGUUAGUGAAUGUAACUAAUUAAAGAAUGAUCCUUUUAAUCUGCUUGAUGUGUUUAUGAGGAGUCGUUCCAUCACUUGUGGCAUUGUUGUUGGAGCUUGGCAGCUGACGAUUUCUCUGUUGCUUCAGAAUUUUGCCGUUUUCUAACCCUUCUCAGAAACAGUCUAAUAUUAUGUUCCUCAAACAAGUUCAUUCAAAGUACAUUAAUUUGAAGUGCAUCAAGCCAUAUCAAAGUCCUGGUAAACAAACGCUGUUUCAUGCCAAAACUCGAGGUAGAGCAACAUGUCUGUUUACUCAACCUACAGCUUCACCAUGUGAGUUGUCAGGUUUUAUCCUUGAAGCAAAUUGUUCCAGUCUUCCAAUGUCCCAAUUAACCCUCAAAGGCAGAGAAGCAAUGCAAGUUUUUGGUAAUAAUGAAUCAAGUACAUCUGUUCAGAUACAAAUGGGGUUCGAGACCAACAAAAACCAACUAGUCAAAAAGUAGUUAAAAUUCAGUUUUGAGUGCUAUAUUUUGCAUGCACUUAGGCAUAAAAAAAAAAAAA